GGACAGGAUGCUGACUUAAAUAGAACGGACAUCGAGGAUUGUGCCCGUGACCUGAGAUUCCAAAUCUCUACCUCAGCAUAUGCUGCCCACUGGAAUAGGAGCGUCAGUAGUAGCCUGAACUACCAGGAUGUACACUGGGGGUUACAAAUACGAUCUCCCUUUGCAGGUAGACCAGCAAAAGAUGCACUUAGUGUUUAAAAUGGAAUGAAGGGAGCUGGAGGUUUUACCAGUCAUGAAAACACAAAUGGAAACACAGGCUAUCACUUUUCAAGGUUAAAUGUCGCUUUUUGAAUGUGGGAGAUGUAGAAUAUGUCAUAGAAAAUGUGUAUGCUCCAUGAACGGCCAAGGCGAUUCGCGCCUUUAGGCCACAUUAAACAAAGGGUUCCAACCUGUUUAAUUGCUUCACAGACAUUAAAGUUACUCUUUCAUGGUUUACAAUAUAAAUACAAAACUUUUAUUUUUUUCAAACCUGAGUAAUCAACUUUGAUUAUUGUAUUGGCCUUGAGCAGAUGUCUGGGACACUUGGAGAGAUUUCGAGCCCCUUGGGUCGACUGAGAGGUUCAUAGUUGGUAACUUAGCUUUAGAACCAGGACGAACCUUCAGGGCUGCAGUCAAGUUCUGUGCUGGUAGAGUCUGUACGAAGCCUAUCAACAGUGACGGUGUGACUGUCAUACCCCAUCCUCCAGCAGCUGGAAGCAUGACAUUAACAUACCAGGAAUCUGGCGGGGGACAGGCUCAGAUCCAGGUGACAUUGUUCCGUUUCCGUGAUCCUGACAUACCGAUUCUGUCAGAAGCCUAUGACGUCAUGACCAGAUAUAAAUGGGGUCUCACAGAUAACAGUCACAAAAGCAAGAUGUUGAUCAACUGGCAGGAGGUAGAUGCUGGCAGUAUUGUCAGUAUCAAAGACGAGACACGUUUUCAGAUAACUCUUCCGAAGCAGCUCGACUUUACCAAGUGCAGAAGACUGACGGUCAGGGGUUACAAUGUAGUUGGCAUGUAUUCAACAACUUCAGCAGAUGUCAAAGACUGUAAUGCCUAUGACCCACGUAACGUUGUGCCUGCAGUCGUGGUAGAUGCUGUUGGACACUGGAACACAUGCAAUUGAUGCAAGCCGUUGUGAUUUCAGGC